GCAGCCACAGUCCCGUGCAAAGGGUGAUGUUCUCUGAAUUGAAAAUGGACAUGGAAGCAAGGUAGCAGAAUUACAAAGCACACUGGCUCAGACUGCCGGUGCAAUAGACAUGAAAUUGACCGAACGCGGUUUGAUUAUUACGAAGGAGAAAGAGUGCAGAAUCGUUCGACCUGCCUGCUGAGUAGCUGGAGUGUGGAAAUUGUCGCAUCUGCUCAGCUAGCUAGUGCUAGCAAAAUAGAUGCACGCAAAGAUUGCGAUUCUGUAUUGAUUUGUCCGGUAUAUGUUCCACCAUGGCAAUUUCACAGUUCCGCCUUUUUAAGAUUUGCACUUGCCUAGCAACUCUGCUCUCCUUCUUUAAAAGAUUGAUAUGCAGGUCAGGAAGGUUGCGAAAGCUAAGCGGUGACCAGAUAACAUUGCCAACUACAGUGGACUUCUCCUCAGUACCCAAACAGCCUGAGAUUGAGGAAUGGAGCUCCUGGGACGAGGAAGCCCCCACCAGCAUCAAAAUCGAGGGGGGCAACGGCAACCUUCCGCCCCCCCAGAACGAUGCUGAGGAGGAUGAGCCAGAUUACUUCAAGGACAUGGCCCCUACCAUCAGGAAAACGCAGAAAAUCGUCCUGAAGAAGAGGGAGCCGCUGAAUUUUUCCUGCCCAGAUGGAAGCACGGGUUUCUCGAGCAGGCUGGCAGCCACACAGGACGUGUCUUUCAUCCAGCCAUCGGCUGAGCUAGGGGACAUGGACAACUGGCAGGAGGAUGCCAACGCCUGGGAGGAUGAAUCAGACGCAGCAUGGGAGGCGGAGGAGGUGCUGAGGCAGCAGAAGCUGGCAGAAAGGGAGAAACGGGCCAUGGAGCAGCAGCGGAAGAAAAUGGAGAAAGAGGCUCAGAGACUGAUGAAAAAAGAGCAGAAGAUCGCGGUUAAGCUUUCAUAACACUGACGGAGCACUGGACACACUGUAAGCCAGCAGAAGGCAGCAUCGUGUUCCAUUUAGUCAUCAUUAUAACACUUUUCCUCCCCCCCCCCCGAAAGGUACCUGUUCAUUACUGUUUCCUUCGAAUAUUACAAGUCCACCAGCAGUCAUUCAAAAUCUCAUUCGGGUGUCUGUAGACUUAGACCUGUUUUUAAAAAGUGAGAAACUCAUUAACGGGGACACCAUCCAAUUUUUCUUUUCCUCUGCAUCCGUUUUCAGGAAAUAUUGUAAAUAUAAUUACCGUCGGGACACCUCAAUAACUGGAUCACUUUGUUUCAUUGAAGCUGACGGACACAACGGGGGGUGACUAUCAGUUGUUUUUGCUAUUAGAAUUAGCU